AUGGUUAGCUCUUGUUGUGGCUCCACCUGCUGUGGCCAAAGCUGUGGCUCUGGCUGUUGUGGCUCUAGCUAUUGCCAGCCUUGCUGCCGCCCCUGCUGCUGCAUUUCUAACUGCUGCCAGCCCUGCUGCUGCCGCCCCAGCUGCUGUACUAACUGCUGCCAUCCCUGUUGUUGCCAGCCCUGCUGCUGCCGCCCCUGAUGCUGUAUUUCUAGCUGCUGCCAACCCUGCUGCUGCCCCUGCUGCUGCCGUCCCUUGGGGAUGAAACUCACUUCCCUGCAAACCAACCCAGAACCUCAAUCUACCAACACCAUGGUCAGCUCCUGUUGUGGCUCCACCUGCAGGGGCCAAGGCUGUGGCUCUGGCUGUUGUGGCUCCUGUUGCUGCUGUCAGCCUUGCUGCAAUCCCUGUUGCUGCAUUUCUAGUUGCUGUCAGCCCUGCUGCUGCUGCCCCAGCUGCUGUACUUCUAGCUGCUGCCGCCCUUGCUGCUACAUUUCUAGCUGCUGCCAGCCCUGCUGCUGCUGCCCCAGUUGCUGUCAGCCAUGUUGCCUCCUUUGCUGCUGCCAUCCCUGCUGCUACACAGCUUGCUGUAGAACCAACUGCUGCUGCCCAGUCUGCUAUGGCUCUUGCUGCUGA